GGGGGAGGGAGACUCUCGCGAUAUCAGUCUUGGCGCCGUGACCUCCAUGUGAGAGCGGCAGCUGCUGGUAAACACUCCCCGGGGCUCGGACAUGGCUCCCGGCAGUGCCCAUUAGACCUGGCUGCGGCGGUUCGCUCGGGACGCUUCUGCGUAUUGUACUGCACCCGGGAGCUCGCGGCCUCGCUUACACGUCGCUGCGGGCGCCCUCGGACCGACGGGGGCGGGGGUCUGGUCUCCUCGCCCCUGAGAGCGAGGCCGACGGCCCGGGAGGCGCAGGCUGCUCCGCGGCUUUACAAUCCUGCCCCACUGAGCGAAAACAAAGACGCAGCAGAGGCUCCCCCGCCCCACGCGCACCCGGAGAGCGGGCGGGAGCCACGACCGGCAGCUUCCCGAGCGGUCGGCAGCCGCGCACCAUGUGGAUCCAGGUGCGCACCAUAGACGGCACCGAGACCCAGACCAUCGACGACCUGAGCCGCCUCACCAAGAUAGAGUGUCUGCGGGAGAAAAUCCAGGAGAGCUUCCGAGUGAGCCCCGAGCGGCAGCGCCUCUUCUACCGGGGCAAGCAGCUGGAAGAUGGACAUACUUUAUUCGAUUACAAUGUUGGACUAAAUGACAUCGUUCAGCUUUUGAUACGGACUGAGUCUGAUGCUCCUACCACUUCCUUGACUAAUAAGGAUGGGGAAGUCAAGGCACUUGGUGUUGCCAACUGUAAGAACAAAGUCAAGAGAACAACAGGGAGUGGAUCGCCCAAUCAGCCAUCUACAUCUGCUCGGUCAUUUCUCAUUGAUCCUGGCAUUGGAUUGUAUAAGAUAAAUGAAUUGGUGGAUGCCCGUGAUGUCAGCAUUGGAGCCUGGUUUGAAGCUCACAUAGAAAAUGUAACCCGAGCAACAAAAGGACAUAAGAAUGGUAAAGCUCAAGCAAAAAGUGGCAAUACUUACAGAAGGACUAAUGGAAACUUAAGCAAAGAUCAUUCUAGAGAAAAUACAAAUAAUUUGGACAGUGCACCUUCAACAUCUUAUUCAGACUGUAUGGACACUGAUGAAGAUGCUAUUUAUCAUAUCAAGUAUGAUGAGUAUCCAGAGAAUGGUAUAAUAGAAAUGCGUGCCAAUAAUCUUCGACCACGAGCAAGAACCAUUUUGAAAUGGAGUGAACUCAAUGUGGGUGAUAUGGUGAUGGUUAACUACAAUGUAGAGACUCCAGAAGAGAGAGGAUUCUGGUUUGAUGCAGAAAUUACCUCUUUGAGGGAAAUCUCAAGGACUAACAAAGAAGUUCAUGCCAAAAUUCUUCUGGGAGGCCCAGAAGACGUAAUAAAUGAUUGCAAAAUCCUUUUUAUGGAAGAAAUGUACAAGAUUGAAAAGCCAGGAGCUUAUCCACUGACAUUUGGGGAUGGAGAUUUCAAAAGAAAGAGUGGCCCUGAGUGCAAGCACUGUAGGGCAGACCCAGAUGCGGAAUGUCGUUUUUGCUCCUGCUAUUUGUGUGGUGGAAAACAGGAUGCUCACAUGCAGCUUCUGUGCGAUGAAUGUAAUAUGGCCUACCAUAUAUACUGCCUGAAUCCACCUUUAAGCAAGAUACCAGAAGAUGAGGACUGGUACUGUCCUUCCUGCAAAAAUGAUUCUGAUGAAGUUGUAAAGGCUGGGGAAAAGCUCAAGCAGAGUAAAAAGAAAGCAAAGAUGCCAUCUGCCAGUACUGAGAGUCAGCGAGACUGGGGCAAGGGUAUGGCUUGUGUUGGUCGUACUAAGGAAUGCACUAUUGUUCCUUCUAACCACUAUGGACCUAUACCUGGCGUUCCUGUUGGAACAACCUGGAAAUUCAGAGUUCAGGUGAGUGAAGCAGGCGUUCACAGACCGCAUGUUGGCGGAAUCCAUGGACGGAGUAAUGAUGGAGCUUAUUCACUUGUGCUGGCCGGAGGAUUUGAAGAUGAAGUGGAUCGAGGUGAUGAAUUCACUUACACUGGGAGUGGUGGUAGAGAUCUUUCUGGUAAUAAAAGGAUUGGAGAACAUUCAUUUGAUCAAACAUUAACACACAUGAACAGGGCACUGGCCCUAAACUGUGAUGCUCCAUUGGAUGAUAAAAAUGGAGCAGAGUCGAAGAAUUGGAGAGCUGGUAAACCAGUUCGAGUGGUGCGCAGUUCUAAAGGACGAAGGAUCAGCAAAUACGCCCCUGAGGAAGGCAAUAGAUAUGAUGGCAUUUAUAAGGUGGUGAAAUACUGGCCAGAAAUUGGAAAAUGUGGAUUCUUAGUUUGGCGUUAUCUUCUGAGAAGAGAUGAUGUUGAACCUGCGCCUUGGACCUCAGAAGGAAUAGAACGGUCAAAGAAAUUGGGUCUGAAUGUACAGUAUCCAGAAGGUUAUCUGGAAGCCAUGGCUAGUAAAGAGAAGAAAGAUAAGGUUAAAAAGCAAACUGUGAAACAGGAGCCAACCAGACAGAGCAAUGGAAACCAGAAACGGUCAAUUGAUAAUGUAGGUAUAGAGGAGCCUAAAAACGCAUCCAAAACCAUGAGACUGGGAGAUGGAGGAAAAGGAGAAGCUUUCCAGCUAACCCAGCAACAGCAGUGGCUGAUCAGAGAAGACUGUCUGAACCAGAAACUGUGGGAUGAAGUUCUUGCUUCACUUAAGGAAGGACCAAAUUUUCUGAAGAAACUGGAACAAUCCUUUAUGUGUGUCUGCUGCCAGGAGCUGGUUUACCAGCCAGUGACAACAGAGUGCCUCCAUAAUGUCUGUAAAAGCUGUUUACAGCGCUCCUUCCGAGCUGAAGUCUUCAGCUGCCCUGCCUGCCGCUAUGACCUUGGGAAGGGCUACACCAUGGUUCCCAACAAGAUACUGCAGACACUACUUGACCAGUUCUUCCCUGGUUACAGCAAAGGACGAUGAUAUGUUCAGCUCCAGCCUGACUUCUCCCAGUGACUAUAGACAAUAAAGGAGAAUGAACACGGGAAAUUCAACAGUGGACCAGCCAACUUGAUGGGACUCAACAUAUUGUCACAUUCUGAAGCAGCUCUCUUCCCCCUACAGCCAUCUCUUUUGUGUAGUGAGAACUCAAAUUCUCAGCUGUCUUUCACCAUCAAAGGUAGUCUUGGCCAGUUGACAACUAGUUUUUAAAGCAGAAAAACAAAAGCCUCAGCUCUGACUGGUCAACUGUAGCUGAUGCUUAAAUUAUGUUGGUUUUUUGUAACUACCUCAGGACAGAGGAAGAUAAUUUGUGGGGAUUAAAGAAGUUCAGUGAAGUUUUAGCUACACACUGCCUCCUGAAUAUUAGUUGUGCCUGGUCCAGGCAGUUUGAUUUACAAAAAAAACAAGAAAAACAACAACAAAAAAAGCAGCACUUAAACCAGUUUGAUUCAAGAACAAAAAAUUCUGUGGUGUGCAUAAUCCUUUUUUCUUUUUUUCCCAUUAUGCUGCAUUUUUUUCUUUUCUUUUUUUUCUUUUCUCUUUUUUUUUUUUUUUUUUUGCAAGAACAGGCUGAUUUUUAGUCUAUUUUUGUGAGCUUCAUUGUGCUUUUUCUUGUAUCUUAUGCAAGUUGACUACUAAUGACUAAUGAGAACAAUAUGAAUGCAUUGUUGCUACAUUAGUGUAAAGUGAUCUGUGUUUUUUGCACUUAAGGAGGGUAUUCAAGACACUCUAGUUGUGUAAAAAAAAGAAUUCAUAUGAAACAAGCCACUUUUGUAUUAGUUAAAACUGUAUGCUUUUAGUAGGACUUGUAUCAGUGGCAAUACAUCAACUCAGCAUUGAAGGCAGUGCUAGCUAGGAGAUGGUUCAAAUUGCUUCAUAUUGUGAUCUGAAAUUUUAUAUACAGUAUAUUCCCCCAAAAUAUACAUUAAAUAUUUUAUGAUUCAGAAAAAGUUGCUAAUUGUUGCUUUGUAACAACCUUGUAGUCUAAAUCAUAUUUAACAAACAAGUACUUUUUUAUAGUAAAUGUUUUCUUCAGGUGGGCUUUCUAUACUUAAAAUGGGAUAUUAUAUGAACUUGCAUUUCAAAUGUUGGUAACGAGGACAAAUAAUGAAUAUAUUGGGCCACAGUCUGCUUUAAGGACAGAAGAACUUAAUCCACUGUUGGUAGAUUUAACAGACAUCUAAUGGUCUCAAAAUGUAAUCUAAGGUUUGCGCUAGUGGGGACUUAUCACUCUUAAGGAUACAUUUCAGACCAAGGAUUUAAAAUAAACCCAAACCCUACUUCAGUUGGGGUCUUCUUUUUAUAUCUUGGCAGCAAUGACUUCAGUCGUUUAACAUGUUUGCUUACCAGAGUCACAGCAUAAGAAAUCUAAAUGUGAGAGAGUACUCAGUUUGUCUUAUGAAAAGUGGGAGGAGAAACAAACCACCUAACCCUUCUAUUAUUAGUCCUGGUGUAAGUAUCUGAUAAGCUUGAAAUAACAUUACUUUUAACCCAUUCAGGAGGAAAGUAGUAAUAUGUUUGACCUUUUUUGUCUGUUAAAGCCUUCUGUCUAAAGUAACAUUUCUCUUUCAUUCCAGGAGAUAGAAUUUCCACUGCAAUUUACUAAUGCAAUAUGUAUAGGCAUCAAUGUUAGAUAUCUCGAUCACACACUCACUGCCCCAAAGGCUUCUGUUGAGCAAAAAUGUGAGGAAAUAGGAUAAUUCUCCCUUUGGCUUUUUCCUGUACUUAACAUAGAAUGAAAUUGGUUCCAUGCAUCCGACGAAGUGGGUAUUCACCCACGAAAGCUCAUGCUCCAAAAUGUGUGUUAGUUUAUAAGGUGCCACAGGACUCUUUGCUGCUUUUACAGAUCCAGACGAACAUGGCUAUCCCUCUGAUAAUUGGUUCCAACGUCAUCCUUCAAAGAGACCUUUGAACAUUGAGACUCAGACUUUCAAAGGAACCUUAGACAGAUGCCCAAAUUCCUUUGAUAUUGACUGAGUUUCUUUAGGUUCUUUUGAAAAUGGUAGCCUGACUAUUCUUCUGGUUAAAACCUUCAUUGAUUUGUAAUAUAUUUUCAUUGUAGACAGCAUGCCAACUACAGUGAAACACUCUACGAUAGGUUGACAUGUACAAGAUGCGCUCAGUCAAUUCUGCACUAUUUCCAAGUGAUAUUUAGGUCCGGUAAAGUCUUUAUGGUACCUUUUAUGAUAGCCUUACCUGACUGAUAAUUAGUAGCAAUUAACAUUCAUUUGACAGUCAUAACAGAGAUUCAGAGUCUAACAUACUCAGAGACUAAGUAAUAAUAUACCAUUUUAAUAUUAAAAUCUUCAACGCCAUAAAACUUUUCAAUGGAGAAAGAGUAAUCUUCAGUAAUACUCUGACUUUUUAACUGUAGCUUGUUACCAUUGUUCCUAAAUCUUUUCCUGAAUGUUCAUAUUGUGCCUCAAAUUUAGAUGAAUGAAUAAGGUGAUCAAUACUUCUUUAAAUCUGAAGUGAGAUUAAAUUUAAAACAAUCUGAAAUUAUGCAUUGUACCAAAGUACUUAAUUUUAAGUUCCAAAUGAGGCUUAAACUGUUCAUUUGUGUGCAAAUUCCAGUGAUUUCAAAUAAGAACCACACACAAUCCAGUUCUAUAAAUAAUUGGAGUGCCUAACUAUGUUCUUAAGUUUCAAUUUAACAUUUAUUUUCCUAAUUCAGAAUAGUGUGGGGUUUCACUAGCACUUCUCCUAUUAUCAUCAGUUCGGUGUAGUGGCUGGCUUAAGGGAGUGCAUGACUUACAAAACCAGGCCUAGGAAGUUCUGCAGUUUAAUUAGUUUUGGCACUAGCAGUUAGCAGGAGGGGAGCCUACCACUAAAAUGAUUAAUGUGGUACAUUUCUAAUGUUUUUAUAAGAUUGGAUGUGGGAGGAAAUCACACCAAGAACAACCAUGUCUUGUAUCCAUACUGGACAGAACAGAGCCCACUUGAUGGGAAGAAACGGAGACACAAACAGUGUGACAAGGCCUCUUCAAGAAGGGCAGUGCAACAACUGAACAAGGCCCUCUAGAGCUUCAACCAUAUUUAAAAACCAAUGUGCAGUGGUAUUUCCUGUGCUUUUUAUAAUAACUAAACAAGAUUUCAUUUUGGUGCAAGUGGCUUUUACAGCAAAUAACUUUGGAAUUAAGAGUUAGAAUUUUCAGACACCCACUUCUAAUGUCUCAGGCUGUCAGCACAGAGGCACUGCUAGACUGAUUUUGGUGUCUCUGGAUUUAAUAAAUGCAGAAACUGUUUGACUACUUAAUAGGAAUUUCUUAAUGUGCCAUAUUUAGUUUUAGCAACACGUACUCCUUAUUGGCAAUAAAACCGGAACUGAAUUGACUCACAUUUUAGACAAUAUAUUCUUUCUAUUUCAACUGGCAACACCAAAAUAACCCCUGCAAGGUUGGUGCAACAGCCAGAGCUUUUAGAGUUAUGUGCCUCUUGUAGAGAGACUGUUGAAGUGCAACUGAAGGUUUCCGUGCAACUGUUUGCUUGUGUUCCAGUAACAGUUGGAGUUUUCAGCCCUACUUUGCUAAGCAAUGUGUGGACACUUGGCAAAAGUCUCUGUCCUGAACUUUGCAACGUAAGUAAGCUCUAUCAUCAUUUAGAGGCACUAUUCUGAAGGCUUAAAUGUCUUUACUUGUUGUUGUUAAAGAGGUGUAUUCAAUUAGAUUUUUAGGCAAAAAGAUUCUUUUCCCCAAGAAUCAGGCAAGCACAGACAAUACUGAAGGGGGGUUAUUCAUGGUACCAGGAAGACUGACAAGCAGCUUCAAAAAUAUAGUGCUAUAGUGGCCAGUUAUAUACAUUCUCUUAUCAAUUCAUUUGCAUGUGUCUGUACAUACAGAGACAGACACUGUUACAAGUUAAGAGAGAACCUUGAACAAGGAUAAGAACAGUACAUACAUAUAGAGGUCAUCCUAAUUGCAUCAAAUGUCUAUGACUACCUUGCGGGGGAAGGAGGCAGGGUGGGGGGUAGGGAUAAGUGCUUACAAAUAUCCAGUGGGCUGUGAAGGGCGAGUUCAUUCUGUUCUAAGAGCUGAGCUGCUGGGCGGGCAUUGACCAUAUAAGCUUAUCAGUUGUUUACAGUUGUAGAUGUUGUUGCUACUGAAGUAUUCCUGCUUGUUCUGUUGUUUCUGUUUUAGAUGUUAGCUAAAUUUUAACUCUUGCCUGACAAGAUGUUAAUGUAUCAAAGAUGUAACUUAUGGUGUUUUUCCAAAUUAUAACACGGCAAUCCAAUUCUUGCAAAAGUAAUGGAAUGAUACGACUAAUGCAUCUUUGAUAUUGAGGAUCACCUUUAGUAAAUCAGUUCAGAAAAAAUGCAGUUGGCUGUACAGCCUAAGAUGGUGGUGGAUGUCUGGCUGAACGGGCAUUGCUACUGAAAAAUCUCCCAUCAACGGCAAGAACGGUUGCACGUGCACCUGCCGUGGAGCUAUACUACUUGAAGAAAUAAAGGUAAGCUGUUUUCAUAAGAAUCUAUAUAGAUUAAGGAUCCAUAAUUACAAUAGAGUACUCAAUAGUACCCAAAUACCUAGGAAAGCUGAAAUUUUCCUGUGAUUUGCAGGUCACCCCUUCCAUUGACAAAAAGAGGUUUCUCUUCCUUGCCCUCAGCGGGGCUCUCCAAAUAGUGUCUACGUUUUCCCAAUAUUCAAUAUUCCAAUUUCCUCUACCUGUGUCUUACUCAGGCAUCUAUAAACUUUCCCUUGAUCCCACAGAUUUCUGGGGCUGGUGUGAUACAUGCAUUCCUUCUGUGGAUCCAACAUCCAGAUCUUCUGUUUCAGCUCUCUUCCGCUUCACCCUCUUCUGCUGUUAAGCUGCCAGAGAAGCCAUGAUUCUUCCCUUCUGCAGAAGUUGAUGAGAUUUACAAAGUGAAAGCAUUGCACACCUUUUAUGGCAGGCACAGUGGACUGCUUUUGGUUGGAAGGUAAGGGAGGCACUAAGAGGAGGGGAGGCAAAGGGAGAGAGUCCCUGCUUCUGUCUUAGGUAAGCAAUACCUUCCUUUCACUGCCAUCAUGCGCACUUAAUUCUUUGUGAGGAAAGUCCUGGCUUAAGACACAAUCAUGAGGCCUGCAGGCAUUUCGAAAAACAAGGACAAUGGGUUUAGAGACUGUGGAACACGUUCUGAGAUAGGGAUAUUGCCACUCUGAGGUCAGACUGUCAUCUUGCAAAUUACCUAAGUUGCUGUAGCUCCAACUUGGUCCCAAGGAUGGGAUUAACCAUAGGGUUGACAACUCUGACUGAAGCUAUUCUGGGAGAUUUUCCCCCCAACAUGACAUAAUGUAAUUUGCUUAAAAUAUCCUAUUAAAACCUCCCAGAUUGCACUCAAUAGUCACUGGACAAUCAAUGCCGAUUUCAGGAGACUCCCGGCCAACCCUCAUUGAAAAGUUCUGUCUUUCUGUGAAAUGCUGGGUCGGGGAGAAGGAGCUGAGGCAUGCUGAGUAUGUAGGAAGUAACCUGACGAAUUGAGCUGAAAUGGUUGGAAAUGAAACCUCAUUUUCUCCUUGUCACAGCAAAAUGGCAAGUCCCAAGUAAUAACUUAAGCUUUAUCUGCAAAUGAGGAUGCAGACCAGUUACAUCCAUUGGUGCCCAGCCAUGGCUGUUGCUGCAGUGGUGCAAAUUCCUGGUGCAGACAGACCAAGACACUGCUUUCAUGUUGGAGUUUGUGCCUGUUUUGAACUGUGCAGUGGUGCAAUAUACAGUAGAGUUUUUACAUCAGGGCAGUUUCUUGAGUGGCUAUGAUCAGGUUUUUUCCCUGCAGCAGACAAGGCCUGCGUUAUAGCUCUUCUUUACUAACUACAUUAAUUUUAGUAAGAGCCAAUUCUAUUAUUCUUGCUGGAAAGAAAGAAGACUCUGAAAUUUAACACAGCUGAGUUCCCCCUUAAUGGACUGGUGGGAACAUCCUCCCUUGCUGUUCACAUGGGAGCAGCUAUUGCAGUUUGCUAGCAGUCAUUUCCUUUCUUCAUCCUCUCCCUCCUGGCAAACACCAGCAAAAAAAAAAAAGUCACUUUUCAAAAAUCAAAACAGGCGCUGUCCUCAUCCACUUCAUUUGCUAAGCAAUGGCAUUAGAAAAA